GACGCCUUGGUAACGUCAAAAUCCCUACAAACCGUGAAAGAUUGCAAAUGGCCGCCGAUUUAUUGACGUAUUGAACUUGUCAAUAAUUUUAUUAAAUAACGGCGAGUUUUUUGGUAAGUUUGUACGUUUUUUGCAACCUGAACGAUGGACGAGUUGCAAAACUACCGCCUGCAAUUACAACAAGUCGAAGCCGCGCUUCUGAGCGACCCCGACAACAAAGAGCUGCAAAAGCUCAAAGUGGACUUGGAGGAAGUAAUUGAAUUGUCCCUUGAUUUGAAGAAUAAGGCAGAUGAGGCGGCAAAUCAGCCCGAGUACACCGAACCGAUUGGGGUGCCUGAAGAAGACGAGAUAACCAAGUCGCUCCUGGCCGUUGAGCAGUUCGUUGCUCGUAACAAAUCAAAGAAAAUCUGGCGGAUUGGCGACACCUGUCUCGCGAAAUGGAACGAUAACGGCCAAUAUUACGAAGCCCGUAUCGAUGCUAUCCAUCCGGACGGACAGGUAAAUGUGACAUUUGAAGCUUAUAAAAAUCGGGGGGUUUCUACCUUAGCGGAAAUUAAAGAAUUCACAGGAGCGAAACGAGUUCUGACUGAAGCUGAACGCUUGAAACGCAUCAAAAUGAUGAAUAACCGCGAAUAUCUCAAAAAGAAGAAGCUGAAGAAACAGCAGAGAUUCAAAGAAUUGGAGGAAGAGAGAGAAGUUGAGAAAAACAAGUGGCUGGCUUUUACGAAUAAAGCCGUGAAAAACAAAAAAAGCGGACUCACUAAUAAGAGUAUUUUCGCGUCGCCUGAUUCGGUGAACGGACGCGUGGGGAUUGGCACUUGUGGGAUAAGUGGCAAGCCGAUGACUGAGUUUACCACAGCGGAAAAGUGGAGGAAAGGGGUUUAAUUUUCUUUAUGUUACUAUUUUUUUAAUUAAAUAAAUAAGAUUGUAUCAAUUAAUUAUUGUAAAUAAAUGUUUCACAAAA